AUGACUGACACUAAAGAUGAGAGCUUUGAUUUGCUCGAGUCAGUGUCUUCAGAUUCACUUUUAUAUUUCAUCAAAGCUUUGAUCAGCACCCCAGACAGUCGUGCUGAAUGCGCCGAUCCAUCAGAUAUAAUAGAGCCGACUCUAUCCGCAUACACAAGCACAGAUAUCCAACAGGCAUUAUAUGUUCUUGUCAAAUCAGAUGGCCAGUUUUCUGUGAAGAGUGAAUUGGUUGACGUGGUCUCCGCAGACACGGUGCUGAUGACCAUACUAUUGAAACAUUCUGGCAUUCUCCGAGCUGACGUUUCUUUGAGAUCUCAAAUUAACGUUAUUUCCACGCCAAUGAAUGAGUCUUAUAACUCAAGAAGCAGCCAUUCUCCUGUCCUUGUCAGAGACCUUCUCACUCAUGUGGUGGCCCCAUACAUCGAUCGCCUUUCAUCUAAAGAUAGUGAGAGCAGCGCGUCAGGAUCUCUUACCCUUGCUAAAAAGAAGCUCAACGAGCUCAAUGCGACCUUGAGCCAUAUUGAUCUGGAAAUUGAAGUACCCAAUUUGCUUGGCCAUGUGCCGCCAGCUAUCAUGGAACUUCUACGUGAGCCUCAGAAUAAAGACGAGAUGAUCGUGCAAGAUACGACAACCCUUAAUGAGCUCACCCAAAUCGCCAACACAUGGAUCAGACAGGUACAAUCCAUUACCAAAAAAGCCAAAAGCCCCUCUGACAGUUGGUCGAUGGCAGAUGAGACACGUUUUUGGGUCUCCAUGGAGUCUGCCCUAAUGUCCUUACAUCAGCAAUUACAACAGCAAGAGGUAGAGAAUCUCAUACGCAUUUUGAAUGCCUCAAAACGCUAUCAGACGACGUUUGUUUUCCAAAAUAAUCUUCAGGUAACUGAAAAGCUACAGGAGGUAAGGCAAUACAAUUCAUUCUUAAAAGAUCUAAAUCUCACCGAACUCGUCACUUCUAAAGAUUCAAGAGACCCCAUUGCUGAAUUUGACUCCAACCUUUCUAUUAUCUUCAGUCAACUAAAAAGAUGGAAAACCCUGUCAUCCGUCCCACCACCAAGCAUUAUACAACUUACCGAGCUAGCUCUUUCGGACAUUUCUGUUCUGCUAGCCUCGAUGUUGUCCUCCCUUUCAAUCAUGGCUAUGCCCCAAGAAGCAUUUGAAACGACCGUAAAUUUGAAAAUAAGAAGGGUUUUUCAAAACAUAGACGGUUUCAUCAAAAGCAUGACAAAUAUAUUAAGGGAAUUCAUGAGAAAAGGACUGGUGAAAUUCAUGGUGAUCAAGAUAGAGCAAACUUGCAUUAAUUUGAUUGAACAAAGAGUGGAUGACUUGGUCAACCUCAAAUCUCAGCACCAUACAUUGGUGCAAGGUCUAUUGCAUUGUGCAGCCGACGAGACCCUCACCAGUCAACUCCUUGACGCUUACAACAAACACAUAAUUGCUGCAGAUUACUUUGAUCUCUCAAAAGACGGCUUAUUGAUUUGGGCUGCUCAAGAGGACAGCUAUCUAGGGAUACACAAUAAAAUCCUGCAAAAUUUGGCCUCAUCUUUAAACAACAGAAUUGAUCAUUGUACAUCAUACAGCGAUUAUGUGAGCUUUUUUGAAAACAUUGUUAAAGCGGGCACCGAUGCAAAUAUUUUACUACCACUCAUCGAGGACAACCACAAGAUCAAGUUCUUGACAGAAGCGUCGAAGUCAUUGCAGGGACUUUUGAUGAGUUCAAAGCACAACAUCCGGCUUGAGCCACUCCGUCUACAAUCAAAAACACCAUUGGACUCAAUCGAUACGAUAUUGCUCAUGGUAUCAUUGAAGCACAACGUUGACAAUUUGAUACAAACAUUAAGCCGGUCUUUGGGCGAAACGUGGACAUUAUUUGCAAUUGGUUCCCAAAUCCAAGAUUUGGCCACCUCAUUGAGGGAGAAGCUUGAUGUCACCAAGGUGUUCGAGACAUGGUGCCAAUCUGUACGAGCAGCUUUGACCGAAUUGAAUAAAGUGGAUAAUCUUUUGUGUCUCGAUGAGGAUUUGCAUUUAAAGAAGAGAGUACCUCUUCUAAGUAUUCCUCUUCAAUUAUUCGAAGUCCCACGAAGUAUCUCCAUCUUCAAAAACGUUGGUUUCAAUAUACCAUCAGAUCUAGUUUUGGAAGCUUCAAGGAUAAACAACGUGGGGUCAAUCAUUUUCACACUCAAUGAACAUAUCGAGGCACUCACUCAAACGAUGAAUUCGGUCUGUGAGUUCCAUGGCUUGGAGUAUGUUCUCGAAUCCCUCAAACAAGACGCUUUUCACAAAUUAUUGGGGAUCAGUUCGCUCUCAUGGGCCGACUUAAGACUGGAUGCCAAUUUGUUGACAGAGGAUACAGAUUUUUCCAAAAUCGAUAUGACUUCCAUGAGGCUUGUUCAUCAAUUUCAAGAAUCAACACACUUGUUAUUUGAUCUACAAACAUGUGUUGAUAACUUUCGUAGAUUGAUGGAUGAGCAGUAUCUACCUGCCUUGAAGGCUUGUGAAUUCGAGAGUUUGCAAAUUCAAAAGUGUGUUGACCAAAUCGAUAUCGCAGCUGUCCCUCUUAUGCAGAAAGUCUCAGAUGCCAGCCCUUUCGAGGAGUCUUUGCGAGAUAUCUUGACAGAGUCAAUUGUUGCCAAACUUGAAGCUUGUCUUCAACAAUUCAGCAAGGGGCUUAAUGGGGAUGACUUACUCUUGUCUAAAUGGAAAACAUAUCAUGUUCUUCGCUAUGAGGGAGGCAACUUCUUUCUAGAACCACCGCUUGUCUCAUCCAAACUCCUGUGGAUUCUGGAAGUGAAUAAUUUACAGACAAUAAUCGGAAAUGUCACCUUCAGGGACUCCAACGGGAGUCCUCAAAAAGUGAUUGCACUGUUUUCAGGAUCGACAAGAGAUUACCUUUGGCGAACUUUGAGUGAUAUAGAUGAUUUAUUCGAUUUGGUUGAUCAACGGAUGGAAGACUGGCACGUGCUAGGAGAAGCACUCAAGAGUCUCUCGAAACAAGAUCCCUUUCAAAAUCUUGGUAUCAGAAAAUCUUUGGAAAAAGUCAGUUUGAUGCUCCGAUGUGGGAGCCAGUUGGAAAAUCCAAAGGGGUUGAUCACCUUGGGCGGUAUUCUUGAUAUUCUGUACUCCAUGGUUAGAAAUCAAUUGUUGGGCCAGUACGAAACAUUUAAGUCCCUGCUCCUUGAUAACUUCAUGCAAAAUGUUGCAAAACACAGCAGAACUUAUCUCACUUCGAUGAACGAUAUUGAGCGACUCCUUUCUUUUGAUCCGAAUUGGCAGCAGCCUUUUGCGGCUAUAGUCAAAUAUGCUAUUCACUUGUUCUCUGCUGAACAACUUGUGGCGGAAGGCUCGCAGACCAAGGGCCUAGUUGCCGAAUGUCAAAAGAUCUUGCUUCAAAACAACAAGCAGCUUUCAAUGAUUUGGAUUUAUCCUGACCAUUUCGAAAACAAAUUAUCCAAUUUGCAGCAGCUCAUACAACUUAGGAUGCAAUUCGUCGAAGAAAACCUUGACCGUUUCCAGGCAAGCCUAGCAACAGAAGUGAAGAGCUGCAAUGACAAAUUCGAGACAAUAACAAGCGACUGGUUCAAUAAGCGACCUAUUACUGCGUCUAUGGAGCCUGGACAUGCGUUGUCUGUCUUGACAAAGCUAACAAAAAAGUUGAAAGAUUUGGAAGAUUAUCAGAAACAGAUUUGCAUAGUUGCAGAAAAAUUACAAGUCACCACCCCCAACGCAUCGCUGAUGCAAUCUUUCCAAGAUGAGAUCAAUGAUUUAGUUGUUGUGUGGAAAGCACUUCAAGAAUUGUGGGAUUCCGUCGAUGAUAUAAAGGCCAUUCGUUGGGCAGAGGCCAAUCCAAGAAAGGUGAGGCAGCAGCUAGAGAGUCUCACAUCCUCUACGAAGGGACUCCCCGCUAUGGUUCGGCAUUACUCGGCGUUUUCAGUGGUGAAAAACACAAUUGCUUCAUAUAUCAGUGAGCUAAAGAUGCUUUCAGACCUCAAAAGUGAUGCGCUUAAACCUCGCCAUUGGAAAAAAAUUUUGGCGGUCGUCGGAUCUCCUCGAACACUUCUGCUUGAAAAUUUGAAGUUAUCGCAGAUGUUUGAAUUGGAAUUCCGCUUGCAUGAAAGCUUUAUUAAAACAAUAGUCAGACAAGCCAAUGAUGAGCGCAUCAUCGAGGAGUCAUUAAAUAAAGUCGAGGAAGAGUUGUCUACUGUCGCUUUCGAGACGUUCGAUUUCCACGGAAAAUGCCGACUUGUUCGUAAUUGGGACAAACUUUUUGAUGUCUGCCAAGCGAGCAUCAGUACCUUGUCAAGCAUGAAAAACCUGGUAUCAUAUGGAGAGUUUGAGGAGAGAAGAUCAGCCCUUGAGGGACAACUCUAUGAGCUUGAGUCAAUUUUUGAUUCGUGGAUCGAAGUUCAAAAGCAUUGGGCUUAUCUCGAUGGAGUAUUCAGUACCAACCCGGAUAUAAGGUCAUCAUUACCUACUGAAUCAACACGUUUCAACAACCUUUCUUUUGAGUUCAUGGGCCUUCUCAAGCGCAUAAGCAAAAUGACGAUGGUAUUUGAAGUAUUUUCCAUCAAAGAUUUGAAGAACACUCUACUGAAAAUCAAAGAAAGUUUGGAGCGGACGAAGAAAGGUUUGACCAACUAUCUCGAGAAGCAGCGUGAAUUAUUCCCGAGGUUUUACUUUUUGGGCAAUGAAGAUUUGUUAGAGCUUAUUGGUGGUGCUGGUGAUUUUACGAGGAUAAACAAGCAUAUUAAGCAGAUGUUCUUCGGAGUGGAGUUAUUGAUCAAAGACAACGACACACAAUGUAUUGUCGAGGUCGUGAGCCCGGAAGGAGAAAAGUUGAAACUCGCCAACCCUAUAUCCAUUUUCAAGGUCCAUGAAUUACACGAGUUGCUCGGUCAAUUGGAGACUCAAAUAAGGCUCUCAGUUGCGCUACUCAUAUUAAAGGCUGUCGACGAGUUAAAAGCAGUUUUCCAAGGAUCAUAUGAUGUCAAGAUUCUUGCUGACAUUACACGCCAAUACCCUGCCCAAGUGCUUGUUGUUGCUUUCAAUGUGAUGUUCACAAGGAUGGCCGAAAAGGCCACUGAAUACGCACCUCUAUGUACGUUAUACGAGGAGUUAUUGAAGGACGUUGCCUCGUUUUCCAACUCGAGCUUCUCCCUUGAAUGCCUCAAAAUCAGCCAGGGGCGCUUCGAAUUACCCUAUGGGUUUGAAUACCAGGGCGUCAUCGAGAGACUCGCUGUUACUCCUCUUGUCGAUAGAUGCUAUUUGGCAUUGACACUGGCCUUAGCUCAAGGAUUAGGUGGGUCUCCUUUUGGUCCAGCUGGAACCGGAAAAACAGAGAGCGUAAAGGCUCUAGGAUUCUCACUUGGCCGAAUGGUGAAGGUUUUCAAUUGCGACGAUUCCUUUGAUUUCAAGUCAAUGGAGCGGAUUCUUCUCGGCCUCUGUAAGGUUGGAUGUUGGGGUUGUUUUGACGAGUUCAACAGACUCGACUCCGCUAACCUUAGUGCUCUCGCGUCGCAAAUCGAAGGAAUACAACAGGGCCUCAACAACAGGUCGAAACAGGUAGCGGUUUCAGGAGCUUCCUUUUCAAUCCAUCCAAAUACUGGUUUGUUCGUGACAAUGAACCCUGGCUAUGCUGGCCGUAAUGAACUACCAGAAAACAUGAAAAGACUCUUUAGAAGCGUUUCAAUGGAGAAACCUGAUUUAGAGUUGAUCAUCGAUGUCAUUCUCACGUCGCAUAAAUUGAUUCACACAAAAACCCUUUCAAAGAAAAUUGUCCAUUUUUUCAAGGGUUUGAGUGAAGCUGUCUCAGACCAGAGACAUUAUGACUUUGGCUUGCGUGCAAUAAAAAGUAUUCUACGCAUGUGUGGCUCGAAACGAUUCAAUAGCGAUUCAAGCGAAAAUCAAAGUGUUCAUGAUGACCCAGAACUUUUGAAAGAGCUCGAAAUCCUCAAGGCGAGCCUAGAAGAAUCAAUUCUACCAAAGUUAGUCCCACAGGAUGUCACAGUUUUCUACGACUUGAUGUCCAAGAUUUUCGAAGGAGUCAAGUGGGCAGAGAAUCUCAACAGUGUGCUUGACGAUAACAAAAUAUUGACACUCCCAAACGGUGAAAGGCUUGAGCUCCCGGACAACGUGAGAAUAAUUUUUGAGGUCGAUAACUUGACUCACGCUACUCUAGCCACUAUCACUCGUUGCGGAAUGAUCUGGUUUGAUCGAUCUCUAAUCAAAGCUGAACUAGUUUGGGAAAAGUUUCUCUUCAAGCUACGCCAAAACAGCCUAGAGACACAGAGUUCACAAGACUUGGAGGGUUUCGAGAUGGAGAAAAUUCAACUUCAGCAACAUAUUGCUGAAAUUGCUUGCACACUAGGUGAGGAACUUUUUGACCAAGUCUAUGAGAUCUCACUCAACUUUGACCAUAUCAUGAAGCAUAGCUCUCAAAGAGCCCUCAAUUCAUUUUUCACAUUUUUUGAGACCCAGAUCUCAAAACUUGUCACUUUCAAAAUUAAAAAUCCAGCACACACAUGGGAAUCACUCAAUAAAUUUGUCAUGAGUGCGAUCCUCCAUUCUUUGGUUUGGGGCUAUUCAGGCGACAGCCCAGUCGAGCAGAGAAACGCCUUUGCUUCUCAACUUGCUUCUAUGGAUUUGUUCGAGUUGCUUGCUGUGCCAGAGAACAUAACGGAGUAUUUUAUUUCGCCCAUCGAUUUCGAAUGGUCCCCGUGGCUGCAACAUAUCGAGUCUGUGGAACUUGAACCACAGCAUGUCAUGGAUUCCAAUACUAUAGUUCCAACAGUUGAUAUACUUGUUCAUGAAGAUAUCAUCAAUUCGCUCAUGAACAAGCAUACUCCUCUUCUAUUGUGUGGACCGCCUGGCUCCGGUAAGACCAUGACAUUCUUACAAGCUCUCAGAAACCUGCCAAGUCUAGAUUUGGUUUCACUCAACUUCUCGAAGGACACUACACCAGAGAGCUUGAUCAGCCUGCUCGAGCAGCACUGUCGCUACAAGCGCUCAAACGAGGGGCUAACGCUUUCCCCCAAUGUCAGUGGUAAAUGGACUGUUGUUUUCUGUGACGAAAUUAAUCUCCCUUCGAUGGAUGAGUACGGCUGUCAAAGAGUCAUCGCCUUGAUUCGCCUCAUGGUGGAACGCCAAGGCUUCUGGAGCUCUCGUCACAAGACAUGGGUCACUUUAGAAAACAUUCAAUUUGUUGGUGCAUGCAAUGAUCCAAAUGAUCCUGGUAGACAUCAGUUAGCGGAAAGAUUCUUGCGUCAUGUCUGUGUUGUUAUGGUCGACUAUCCAGGCAAAAACUCCAUGGCGCAGAUCUACGAGAAUUUCAAUCACGCUGCAUUGAAGUGUGCUCCUGAUCUCCGUGGUUUCGGGAAACCUUUAACUUCGGCUAUGUUGGACGUAUACUUCGGGAGCAAAGAGAAGCUCACCCGUGCCAUUCGAAGUCAUUAUGUCUAUUCACCUCGUGAGCUUACGAGAUGGUGUCGAGGGAUAUUGGAAACUAUACUCCAGAGCACUUACGAUGAUCUUCCAGGUCUCCUUCGUUUAUGGUUUCAUGAAGGACUUCGACUCUUUUUCGACAGACUCUGUGGGGAAGAGGAGAAGGAAUGGACUAAGCAAUUACUACUUGAAGCUGCAGCAAAACAUUUUCCCCAUACCGAUCUUAAAUCUGCGUUUCAGGAACCGAUUUUAUACUCAAAUUGGCUCUCUUCGGCUUAUGAACCCGUCUCGAUGGAUGAAUUAGCUUCAUUCGUGCGUGAAAGGUGUCGAGUUUUUAGCGAAGAAGAGUUGGAAACCGCUUUAGUUCCUUUCGAGGAUAUGCUCGACCACAUUUUGAGAAUUGACAGAGUUUUAAGGCAGCACCAGGGACACAUGAUUUUGGUCGGUCCUUCUUCGAGUGGUAAAUCAACACUCACGAAAUUUGUUGCGUGGAUGAAUGGUAUUAAAGUUGUUCAAAUGAGGGUCCACAGAGGAUACUCGAUUCAAGAUUUUCAGAAGAAGCUUCGGCAAGUCCUUUUUGCUUGCCUCAAGGGGGAGAAGUUGUGCUUUCUUAUAGAUGAAUCGAGCCUACUCGAGACCGCCUUUAUCGAGCGGAUGAACACCUUACUUGCAAACUCAGAGGUACCAGGCUUAUUUGAAGGGGAUGAUUACACAUCGCUCAUGAAAGAAUGCGCAAUUGAGUCCACAGCGCAGGGGCUCUUGUUGGAUAGCGAAGAUGAGCUUUACGCCUGGUUCACCGAACAAGUGAGCACCAAUUUACAUGUGGUCUUCACACUCAGUGAUGUUGGCCAUGGAGAUAAAAUGCAAGUAAACUCGUCUCCUGCUCUCUUCAACAGAUGCGUUCUCAACUGGAUGGGUGAUUGGACGCGAAGGUCACUUGAGGAGAUCGCUAGCGUAAAGCUCCAGGAUAUUGCAUUAGACAGCUCAACUUACGAGCCACCAUCCGAUGAUGAAACAGCUGACCAAACCCUUCGUGGUGCAAUGAUUAGUGUGUGUGUGUCAAUUCAUCUAUCGAAUGACGCCUAUCCGAAUCAGUUCAUGAGAUUCUUGCAACUUACUAUUGAUUUGUACAACCAGAAGGAUAGCGAACUAAAUGUUAACCAAAGACAUAUAUUGGUUGGGUUGGAUAAGCUUCGUGAAACUGUGCUUGAAGUGACUGAGAUGAAGCAAGUUCUUUCAAAGAAGCAGGAAAGCUUGCACGCUAAGGAGAUUGAUGCAAAGAACAUGUUGGACAAGAUGAUUGUCAAUCAGAACGAAGCGGAAAGGAAGCGUGAAUUCUCGGUGGCCACUCAGGAGGAACUUGAAAAGAACGAGAUUCAGAUAAAUAAGAGGCGCGAGGUUGUGAUGCAAGAGCUCGAGCUUGCGGAGCCCGCUGUGCUUGAGGCUCAACGAGGCGUUCAAAACAUCAAGAAGCAACAUUUGACCGAGAUGAGGAGUAUGUCAAACCCACCAGCUGCUGUCAAAAUGGCAAUGGAAUCCGUGUGUAUCCUUUUGGGCUAUGAUGUGAAGACUUGGAGAGAUGUGCAACUCGUGGUUAGAAAGGACGACUUCAUUACCAGCAUUGUUUCGUAUGACAGUGAGACACAGCUCACUCCAGAAUCAAGCGAGUUUAUGGAGAGAACAUAUUUGAGCCGAUCUGAUUUUAAUUUCGAAACUGUUAACCGUGCUAGUAAAGCUUGUGGUCCUUUGUUGCAGUGGGUUAUUGCUCAAUUGAGAUAUUAUUCGAUUUUAGAGAAGGUAAUGCCUCUCAAGGAAGAAGUGGCAUAUCUACAGGGUGCAGCAAAAAAGUCCAAGGCCCAAUUGAUCGCAAUUGCCGAUAUGAUCAGAGAACUCGAGGAGAAAAUCGUGGAAUACAAGACCAGUUACAGUGACAUCAUUCGUGAAGCUGAAAGAUUGAAAGUCGAGAUGGAAACAAUUGAGAGAAAAGUUUCACGAAGCGAGGAGUUGAUCCAGAAUCUCACCAGUGAAAGAAGAAGGUGGGAGCUGAAUGUUAAAAUUUGUGACGAGGAAAGGCUGCGUAUCGCAGGAAAUAGCAUAUUAUCUGCUGCUUUUGCUACUUAUAGUGGUCGUUACGAGCAAUCUAAGAGAGAUGCCCUUUUGACGAAUUGGAAACAGAGUCUCAUGAAGCUUCACAUACCAUUCGACAAAUAUCAUUCCCCCAUUACGAAUUUGGCAACUUCGGAGCAGGCCGCAGAUUGGAUGCAUAGAGGCCUUCCCAAGGAUGAAUUGUAUGAGCAGAAUUUCGCCAUCAAGGAGUGGGCAGAGUUCGUACUCGUUACUAACACUGUGGAAGAUGUUCUCAAAGCAUUGACCUUCUCAACAUCGGCGAAGAGUGUGGAGCGAACAAGCUUUCUUGAUGCGUCGUUUAUGAGAGAUACUGAGAAUGCCAUGAGAUUUGGCGGGACGAUCUUGAUAUCCCAUGCUGAGCUUUACGAUCCGGUCAUGGAUCCUAUAAUCAGGAAGGAAAUUACUCACAUAGGGGGACGAAGAUUAGUUCAAUUAGAAAAUAGAGAAGUUGAUAUUCUGCCUGAAUUCAAAUUGAUUCUCGUGUCGAAUGAUCCAUCGGCUUCUAUUCCAUCAUCAUUCUUGUCAAGAGUUAAUGUCCUCAACUUCAUGAUUACUACAAGCAAUGUUCAGAGGCAAACAUUGAACUUGUGCCUCAAGCGAGUUCAACCUGACCUAUACCAAAAACAUGAGGAGAUUACCUUACUUCAAGGCGAUUAUCUAGCCAGAGGCCAUGCUCUUCGUCAAAAACUUCUUGACACGCUUAAUAAUGUGGCCGGAACGAUUUUAGAUAAUGACGAGGCCACAGAGACGCUUCUGAGUAUACAAUCUCAAUCACGGGAACUUGACAAGAAGUUUGGCGAGUUGAAUGGAACGAUGAUGGAAGUUGAAAAGGUGAGAGUUGCAUACCUCGAUAUUGCCGAGCAUUUGGGCAAGGUCCACCAAAUACUUUCCGUCCUAUCUUCCAAGUCCAAGAUAUACAACUUCCUGUUUAAUACGCUUGUUGCCAUACUUCAGACCAUACUUGACCGUCAAGGUAAGAGCGAAAACCUAGUGGCUUUGAGGCUACAAUUCUACUGCGACGUUUUUGCAACCGCUGCCCCCGCCUUGAGAAAUAUGGACAGAAUCUCUCUAGCUUUGGCUUUGGUUGUUGGCUAUUUUGAAGUGAGUGAAGGAUACUCUACAUCCCAAGGCAUGCUAGCAAUUAUUGGAAUGGUAGGCACAAACCCCACCAGUGCCCAACUUGCAAAAUUAAUGAAGGAUUAUUUUUCGUUGGAGAUCGGUGAUGAGUCAAAGACCGGCCAAUGGAAUGAUGUUCUAAAUGAAGCGGAUAGCCCUGCUAUUGUGUCGAUUAAGCCAUUGGUCUUGAAGCUUAUUGGUUCAGAAAUGACUUGGUUUGAUGCCAUGGAAACAGCAACAAACUCAGUAUUUGGUACACCCUUGAGUCAAACUAAGAUCUUUGGAUUGUCUGACUGGAAGAAAUUCCAGAAAUCCAUUUUUUUGAUUGCCGAGUCUGACCACAUUGAUCUGACGCCUCAAAUUGAACGUCAAGCAGUUCAACAUAAUUGCAAUUUGAAAGUUAUUGCAAUGGGUACCGCAGAUGGUUUAAACACCGCUUACAAGGAAGUCGAGAAAGCUUUGAUAUCUGGCUCGUGGGUUGUGCUUCAGAACGUGCAGUUGAGUGGGGCUUGGCUCAAUGAAUUGGAUCAAUUGCUCGACAAGCGUAAAGCUCAUGACAGUUUUGCCCUCUUCAUGACGUGCCUGUUAUCGGCAACGAAUAUCCCGUCUGCUUUGCUAUCAAAAGCGAAUGUCUUAACGCACGAGGAGACCCCUACCUUCAAAGCUAUACUACUUGAAAGCUUCAGCUAUCUCUGGAAACAGCAAGUUUGUCUCCUUCCUGCCGCCAAGACCAUUUGUUUCUUGAUUAGUUGGUACCAUGCGGUGAUCCAAGAGAACCUCAAGUUUGUGCCAAACGCAUUUGCAAAGAAGUACGACAUCAGUGAGGUUGACCUCAAUUCUACAGCAUUGUAUUUGAGGAAGAUUUUUGACUCUCUUGAUGGUAAGAGUGUCAUUCGAACAGAGGAAUUGCCUUGGGAUGAGAUUCUGUCAAUUUUGGGGCAAGUCUUAUACGGUGGUAAAGUGUCUAUCGAAAAGGAUGCCGCCUUUUGCAAGGAGCUUGCAAUGCAACUUUUCAAUCCAAAAUGCUGCGAUGAUGACUACAACUUGCCCCAUACCCAAUUGAAGAUUCCCUUUGAUGAUGAAUUUGAGGUAUACGCGAAGUGGAUCGAAGACUUGCCUGAAAACAUUCCCCAUGAGUGGAUUGGGCUUGACAGUGGUGCUAUGGCAGAGACUUUGGCCAAUGAAGCUGCCUUGAUCUGUAAAACUGUGAUCACGAUAACCAAAUAA